GUUGUUUCUGACAUCUUCCUGGAUGAAUACUGUACAUGCACACAGUCCGGCAAGUUCCUGUAAACUGAUACUGUACCUAAGUCAUAUGAUAUAACCAGCCAAAGGGGUCAAAGUUACAAUACAUUGUAUUAGAACAAGAAAGAGACCAGGUUGAGUCUGCUGGGAGCAAUCUGUAAAGAAACCAUCAACAGAAACAACCAGAUUCUGAAUAUUCCUGUGAAAUUGCAUCAAACCAAAUUUCUCUCGCCUGAGAACCCACCUACAGACAAGGCCCUGAAACAUCACCAUGACUACGUUUCGCUUUGGACAACAUGUAGUAAAGGCAUCAGCGGUAUUUCUUCAGAGCGAAUUGUCUUUCGCUGUAGUUAACAGAAAACCAGUGGUCCCUGGCCAUGUGUUGGUGUGCCCGCUCAGAUCAGUGGAGCGUUUUCGUGAUCUUCGACCAGAAGAGGUGGCUGACUUAUUCCAGACAACCCAAAGAGUGUCAGGCGUGCUUGAAAAUCACUUCUGUGGCACCUCACUGACUAUUGCUAUUCAGGAUGGCCCAGAGGCUGGACAAACUGUGAAGCAUGUGCAUGUCCAUGUACUGCCAAGAAAGCGUGGAGACUUUGAGAAAAACGACAGUAUUUAUGAUGAGCUCCAAAAGAAUGAUAAAGAAGCGGAGGACAUUCCUGCCAAGUGGAGAUCAGAAGAGGAAAUGGCAGCGGAAGCGGAUGAUCUGAGGAAAUAUUUUAACUAGAUUUCACCUGAGUAGGUUGAAGCUGAAAGCAUUAUACAGUGAACUGCUGUAUACAAAUCGUACUACACCAUGCAUGAUUCAAAUCACACUGUAAUUCAACAAUUUUCUUUGCUGGCUAUUAAAUGUCUAAGACAUCUGAAUUUGACUCCUCGAACCAGUCACAAACUACUGAAUAUAUGCAUUAGUGUCAUAAUAUUGCAUAAUAUUUCCUCAUAAUGUGUCCAAUUUAUUUCAAGAAAUUUUCCUUAUGAAAAAUCCCGGUGUUCAAAUUACCACACCCUAUACUUAGAAUAGAAAAGAAUGACAGCCCACCAAAUUGUUGCAUUUAAAUAAUGUGUUGUUUUUUUUGUUGUUUGUGUGUGUGUGUUUUGUUUGUUCCUCAAUGUCUGUUUUUAUCAACAAUUGGAAUUGUCUAGAAACAGUUUAUUUUAUUUUUUUCUGUAAAAUACAUUCUAAAAUAUACAGAAUAUUCUGAAACACAUUAAAUAUUUUUCCCACCUAAAUAUUUCAGAUUGUGAUAAAAAAAUGAUAUAGUCAAGCUAUAUGUCUUCUUUAUACGAGUAACAUCAACCCUUCAAAGUAAUAAAUCACAUUGAUAAAUUACAAUAAAAAUAAAAUAAUGAUAAAUUACUGGAUGGUUGGACCUUUAUGUGUUAAUAGAUAUGGAAAUCAUGUUGUGGCUCUGCACUUCCAUAAAUCAUAUCUAUCAAAAAUAUGUUUUUUUCUUCAAGAUGAAAUCUGUAUUUUUAAUCAUGUCAAGACAUCCUCCCAGUUUUGAGAAUAUUGUGUUUUGAGAACUGUUAAGUAUUGCAAUGUAGACACUAAUGCACCCUUCCUGUUGUGUAUUUAUUUGCUACGAGGAAAUUCAGGAAUCUGAAUUGGUGUGAUCCAGUUAUGCAAGAGCAGAAAACUUCAGCCAAGCUUCCUUUUCAUUGUAUGUGACAAAUAUAAAGCUGUUGGGUGUAACAUUUAUUAUACUUUAGGUUCCAUCAGAAUUGAGUUUCUAUCAGUGUGACUGACAGUUUAUAUUUAAAGCCAUACAGUUGUUUGUUCACUGUGUUUUGUAGCUGUCUGAAGUGAUUGAUGGAGACAGGUUGUUGUAAACUUUGGCUUAACAUUGGUUAAAACAAUAUUCUAAAACACUAAUAAUGCUGUGUUUCCAGAACUUACUCACAUACGAUUUUAAUAGGUAGCAAGGGACUUGUUACUGUUCAUGUGCACAUCACAACUAAUCCUUCCUCUGAAUUAAUCCGUUUCAAAUAUUUUGAAAAGCACACAUCAUUUCAGGUAACGUUAGCUGCAUAAACAUUUGGUCCAUAUCCUUGGUUUUUGGCUUUUGCACUUAUGCGCGGUUCUGUUUAGUUUUUGUUUUAAUCUCCACUGCAUUUAGCAAAUAAAAUAUAUCAACAUACAGUACAUGUUGUAUAAAUCUAAUCCAGACAUAUCUUCCAGUGCUUCAUACAUGAAUUAUACAUGAAUUACUGGUCAUAACUCAUAAGCAACAAAACUGUGAGAGCACAGGAAAAAAACAGGUAUGUAUUAAUGGACAUUAAGAGGAUUAAAAUUGUGGUUUAGGAACUUGUCACAAUUCUUGGAAAAAGUGGUUAUAAAUAUAUGUGCUUCUCGGCCAUGCAAAUUGGAUGAACCUAAUCAAGGUAGCAUUAUAGCAUGUGGCUCAUAAAAUACAGCAGCUGCUAAGGGAAUAUUGCAAGGCUCAUUAAAUCAAAUGUAUUGUGGUAAAGGAGAUAACAAGGGUGGUAGAGAUUAGAAAGAGGCGUUGUAACAGGUUUCACUCUCUGUGAUUUGUGUUCUUAGCAGCAAUGCAUUUGUUAGAAAAUAGCUGAAAGGGAUUUCAGAGACCCAGUUGGAAUGUAAUAGAAGUUCAUGGAUGCUGAAUAACCACAGGUGCAGUGGUGCUUGUAGAAUCAACAGUACAAUGCUUGUUAUCCAGCCCUCUGAAGUUUAUCAGCUAUGCAGGUGCUUCUUCCAGGAAUGGUUUAUUAGGAUGUUUAGUUAUCUGCUUGGCAAGGUAGACAGUAAAAUGCAUUGGGAAAUGUCUGCAUUGUAAUAUUUAAACUGCAGGAUGUCUGAUUUAUUUUUUUUUGCUAGUAUUUCAUAAUCUUCGAAGCAGGUUGAUAGUUAGAGGAUAAACAAUGAAGGAUUAAUAUUUCAAUGGGUUUUGUGGUAAAAUGUCAUCUCUGGGUUUCAAGACUUCACUAUUCACUAAAUCAUGAUGUUUAACCAAGUACACCCUCCUGCCGCUCUGUAUAAACUGUGUUUACUGUAUAAUACAAGAUUAUAUCAAAAGUAGGCAGCAGAGAUGCAGCAUGAGGUGUCUUGGUAAAUCAAUGCACUAGUCUUUUACCUCCGAGGGCCUUUAAAGACUUCUAGUUCACACUUUGUGAUUUCAUUUAUUACGUUUCUUUUAAUAUUUCUAAAUGUAGCGCUGUUGAAUAUUUAAUAGUAUUGAAUAAUAGGUCAGAACUAGUAACAUUGUUUGUGUCAACGUAUUAGUCAUUGGACAAUCGUUUACAUUGCAGUCCAUCUCCCUAUUCAGUAUAAUAACCUGUUUGAGAGUCUUAGGAAUGGCAUUGGUGGUGGAUUGGUUCAUUAAUCUUUAUUGAGGUGCAUUUCCAGAGCUUUUGCAAGGAAGCUCACGUAAAACCUAUCUGCACCGUGCCGCCUUGUAUUCUUGUAGCCUAUGCCAUUGUUCCUCAAUGUGAAUACAGUUUACUGUAUAAUAAACACAGUAUUCUUGCCAACACCAGCCAAUUUGCAGCAUCUCAGGAUAAAAGUGAUGACAGCUUUGCCCUGUGCAGUGAAAGAGCAAAGCUGUUUAAUAUCUUAUCAAACUGCCAGGUACAGCGUGUUUGAUCCAGAGAUGAUGAUGUCGAUGACAUGGCGUGGUUUUAAAAACAACACUGUCAAAUAUCGCCAUGGUAACAUUUUCUUUUAGAAUCCACUGACAACAAUAAAAAAAAGCAUUUUCAAAUGUUUUUAAUGUAUUUGUAUGGAUACUGAUGAAAAGUGAGCUUACGAAAUGCAUUAAAAUACAUUUUACUGAUAACAAUUACAUAUAUGUAAUAAAUACAAUGAUUAAAAUAAUAUUACAAUAUUCAAUAUUUCAUUCUGUACAAACAUUAUUCAAAUAAAUUAAUCUAUACAUCACUGAAUUGAAUUUCAGUAGGGAACUAAACUAAACAAAGUACCAAAGUAAAUGUGAUCAUUUACAAUCACUAUAAAACAAGAACAUUUCACGAGCAAGAAAUGUUUGCUAUUUUCACGUUUAUUAAAAAUCUGCAAAGUUAA